GUCUAACAGCUAUCAUCAUAUCGGCAAUGGUCCUUCUUCACACUGUUGGUGCCGAAUGGUCGAGGAGUACUCCGAUGCGGCUAUUUCGAACUACCGGCAAAAGACAACACCUUCCGUAUCAUCCUGUCGCCAGAUUUCGAGGAGCAGAUUCCAGACCGUACUUCGUUUAUGACACGGUGCCACCAUACCAAGAAUACGAGCCUCCACCAGUUGUUCAAGAUCCUACCAACUUACCAAAAUUGAACGCUGGAGAACUUCUGGCACUGCUGUUUUCUGGUCUCAAAGACGACAGUUCGUCUAGAAUGAGAGGAACGCUCCGUUUCGGAAUCGUCAAACGAUAAUUCACUGGCACAUCUCUGGAUUUUAUAUUUAUUCGAGGAUCUAUUCAGAACAAGAUAUAACAAAAUGACUUUCACCGUUUAGAAUAGAUUGGAAAUGUUUCAAUUUAUCUAUGUUUGUCUUUAUUCCAACUUUUUGUAAAUUAAAGAAAAAAUAAUUUUGGUGUUGUAACAUUAAAAACUUCCUGAACUUCUUUAUUUACACAUAUUUUCAAAUAGCAUGGAAAAAUAUACUAUUUCCCUAAAGCAAAUGAAUGGUCGACUACUAUUUUUAUAAUCCAUUACAAUUGUAAUUUUUAUUCUGAUGAUUAA